AAUUACUCUGUGGCAGAGCAACGAGCCAAAUGGAGGGUUGACACCUCCAAUGUUGAAUCUGACGAGGAACCAGCGAAGAGGGCGGUGACUAAACCAAUCAGAUUCCGUGUAGAGCCACCUGGUGAGGAUUUCUUAACUACUCUUAUUCCAUUGUGUGUACUACAUGCAUCAGGAAGUAGAUUAAAGUAAUGACUAUUCUUUUGUAUUGUGCUUCGUAAGAUGAUGAUGGAAGUGAAGCACUCCAGAAAAAGACAAAUGAACCCAGACAAGCCCAGCUUCCAGUGCCCCAGCUUCCACCAGCCCCUAGUGGUAAGAUCCUGCAUUAGGCUACUAGGUCAUUAAAUGUAUAAUCAGCAAGUUGAUGGUAAGUUUGACACACAUUCAAGUAUGUGGGUGAAGAAAAGCUUACAGUUAAUGCAAGUACUAGUCUUAAAUUGUAGAGACGACAUGAAAUCAUAACCUAAUGACAGUUGAUAUGACAAGAAAUGACUACACCCAUCUGAUCUUGACAUACUUGAUUAGUAGUCAAAUUACCAAAGUGUAACAGUUCUUUUUUUCUUUCUAUUAUGCAACUACAAGAGCCAGUGUCUUUGAAAAUACCCUACAAGGUACAUCAUGUUUUAAAUGUUUCAAGUCUGAUAAACGAGCCUAGUUCUCAAAGUUCUGUUCCCACCAACUGAAUGGGAUGGACAGGAAAAUCUGUUAAGCAUGUACUGUCAAUGUGGUAACGGUUUGACAUCUGUGAUAUUCUCUGAAGUUGCAGAUGCAGAGGACUUGAGACCCUGUGCCACCUCAAGCCAGAGCGACAGUAAGUGUCUGGUUGUAAUUAGUUAUGGUAAACAAUUGAAUUGUAUUAAGUAUUAUAGCUUUACAAACCUUUCAAAGCCACUCAAUAGAAUACAAUUACCAUCACGUUUGCAUAUUAGGUUAUUUAAAGUAUUAUUACUACUUUGUGCAUAAUGUUAGAACUUUCCAAAUAGUUGUGGUGCUGUGUACGGGUGAAGCUUGUACUGACAGUAAUGAAAUCACCAUAUUCGUCUGGGGUAAAACACAAGUGUGAUGCCAUGUUUGUAAAUAUCUGUAUGUAUUUGCCAUCAAACUAAAGCAUGAUUUAAAACACACAAUUAUGCUUAGGAUUUAUUUUUGUUGGGAUUCAUUAACCUUCCCACUGAGCUCCUGACUGACAUCCCUUCACUUUUGGAUCUGUGCUAGUUGCAAAAGCAUGCAAAGUAUGUCUUACAUUUUUUUCCCCUUCUGUUUUCUAAGUUAGUCCAAGUGUAGAGGAGGAGGCGAUGGGGUGAGGUUGUGUUCCUCUAAGCGGGGAGGUAAGCUUGGCUUCUUCUUUAUAUGUGUCGAGUAAAGCUCAAACCAUGCAUUUAGAUUGUAGUUAGGUAUUGUAGGUAGUUUAUCCAGGUAGUUAUUGUAGGUAGUUAUUGUAGGUAAGUAUUGUAGUGUAUUCGGCUGAGCCCGUGAAGCACGAGGCUAGCUAGCUAACCCACUACCUGGACCAAUAAAGCUAGCUAGUUAGCUAGCGGGUAGCUACUGGUAAUUUGGUAACUGUUAGCAACUGUGGAUAGUUGUUUCCAAUGUUAUUUCACGCUUAAGAGUACCUGUAAUUAUUGUAGGUAGGUAUUGUAGAUAGUUUAUCUAGGUAGUUAUUGUAGGUAGUUAUAGCCAACUUUACCAGCUAGCAGUCAACACCGCAGCCACUGCUAGCUAGCCAACCUUACCAGCUAGCAGUACUGUAGCAACCAAAUACAUUUCAUCGGAACGAUUUGAUUAGUGUAAAGUUAGCUAGCUACAUAGUUGUCUUGGUAUCAAAGACAAAGGUGUUGUAUAGAGAAACUAUCGAGGUUAGCUAGCCAGCUCUUUUUCGAACAGUCAACACCGCAGCCACUGCUAGCUAGCCAACAUUAACAGCUAGCAGUACUGUAUCAUUUUAGUCAAUGAGAAUUUGGAACGUAAGCUUCACUUUCUGAACAUUCGAGAUGUGUAGUCCACUUGUGUAGCUAGUAUGACUGACUUUGUGCUAGCUAGCCAACGUUUAAUUACUUCUGCGUUAUGAAAGGAACUAGACACGGACAUGAAACGAUCCAUUGGUAGUUUGUUGUAACCAAGUAUUGGUGCUAAACCGUGUGUUAUUGGAUGCUAGCAUGCUAGUUAGCUAUGGCGUCAUAGGAUACAGUGCCCUGGGCAGUUUUCACAGAAGAAUACUGUACCAGGUUAGCUAGCUGAAUAAACUAAAUUAGUCUAUUCCUGGAAACAUUGAACUACUGUAGAUUACAGCAAUUAUAAUUUCUAAAGUGGAAGUUGGAAGAGUUGUAUUUGAGUGUUUCAGUGAAAGGUUAGUGAGGGAGGCCUCGCUUCCCCAGAUGUUUAGUUAAUUUCAUUCCUUUGCAUUAGUGUAGCCUUUUCUGUAGCCUGUCAACUAUGUGUCUGUCUAUCCCUGUUCUCUCCUCUCCGCACAGGCCAUACAAACGCCUCACACCGCGUGGCUGCUGCCUCUCUAACCUGGUGGUCCCUGCAUGCACGACCCACGUGGAGUUCCAGGUCUCCGGCAGCCUCUGGAACUGCCGUUCUGCGGCUAACAAGGCAGAGUUCAUCUCAGCCUAUGCUACCCUCCAGUCCCUCGACUUCUUGGCGCUGACGGAAACAUGGAUUACCACAGAAAACACUGCUACUCCUACUGCUCUCUCCUCGUCUGACCAUGUGUUCUCGCAUACCCCGAGAGCAUCUGGUCAGCGGGGCGGUGGCACAGGAAUCCUCAUCUCUCCCAAGUGGACAUUCUCUCUUUCUCCCCUGACCCAUCUGUCUAUCUCCUCAUUUGAAUUCCAUGCUGUCACAGUCACUAGCCCAUUCAAGCUUAACAUCCUUAUCAUUUAUCGCCCUCCAGGUUCCCUUGGAGAGUUCAUCAAUGAGAUUGACGCCUUGAUAAGUUCCUUUCCCUAGGGUGGCUCACCCCUCACAGUGCUGGGUGACUUUCACCUCCCAACGCUACCUUUGACUCAUUUCUCUCUGCCUCCGUCUUUCCACUCCUCUCUUCUUUUGACCUCACCCUCUCACCGUCUCCCCCUACUCACAAGGCAGGCAAUACGCUUGACCUCAUCUUUACUAGAUGCUGUUCUUCUACUAAUCUCACUGCAACUCCCCUUCAAGUCUCCGACCACUACUUUGUAUCCUUUUCUGUCUCGCUCUCCUCCAACACUACUCACUCUGCCCCUACUCAGAUGGUAAUGCGCCGUCGCGACCUUCGCUCUCUCUCUCCAGCUACUCUCUCCUCUUCCAUCCUAUCAUCUCUUCCCUCUGCUCAAUUCUUCUCCAUCCAAUCUCCCGAUUCUGCCUCCUCAACCCUCCUCUCCUACCUUUCUGCAUUUUUUGACUCUCUAUGUCCCCUAUCCUCCCGGCCGGCUCGGUCCUCCACUCCUGCUCCGUGGCUUGACGACUCAUUGCGAGCUCACAGAACAGGGCUCCGGCUAGCCGAGCGGAAAUGGAGGAAAACUAGACUCCCUGCCGACCUGUCAUCUUUUCACUCCCUCCUCUCUACAUUUUCUUCCUCUGUUUCUGCUGCUAAAGCCACUUUCUACCUCUCUAAAUUUCAAGCCUCUGCUUCUAACCCUAGGAAGCUCUUUGCCACCUUCUCCUCCCUCUCUGAGGAUGACUUCGUCAAUCAUUUUGAAAAGAAGGUUGACGACAUCCGAUCCUUAUUUAUUAAGACAAAUGACACCGCUGGUCCUGCUCACACUGCCCUACCCUAUGCUUUGACUUCUUUCUCCCCUCUCUCUCCAGAUGAAAUCUUGUGACUUGUGACGGCCGGCCGCCCAACAACCUGCCCGCUUGACCCUAUCCCCUCCUCUCUUCUCCAGACCAUUUCCGGAGACCUUCUCCCUUAACUCACCUCGCUCAUCAACUCAUCCUUGACCACUGGCUAUGUCCCUUCCGUCUUCAAGAGAUCGAGAGUUGCACCCCUUCUCAAAAAACCUUCACUCGAUCCCUCCGAUGUCAACAACUACAGACCAGUAUCCCUUCUUUCUUUUCUCUCCAAAACUCUUGAGCGUGCCGUCUUUAGCCAACUCUCUUGCUAUCUCUCUCAGAAUGACCUUCUUGAUCCAAACCAGUCAGGUUUCAAGACUGGUCAUUCAACUGAGACUGCUCUUCUCUGUGUCACGGAGGCUCUCCGCACUGCUAAAGCUAACUCUCUCUCCUCUGCUCUCAUCCUUCUAGACCUAUCUGCUGCCUUUGAUACUGUGAACCAUCAGAUCCUCCUCUGCACCCUCUCCGAGUUGGGCAUCUCCGGCGCGGCUCACUCUUGGAUUGCGUCCUACCUGACAGGUCGCUCCUACCAGGUGGCGUGGCGAGAAUCUGUCUCCGCACCACAUGCUCUCACCACUGGUGUCCCCCAGGGAUCAGUUCUAGGCCCUCUCCUAUUCUCUCUAUACACCAAGUCACUUGGCUCUGUCAUAUCCUCGCAUGGUCUCUCCUAUCAUUGCUACGCAGACGACACACAAUUCAUCUUCUCCUUUCCCCCUUCUGGUAACCAGGUGGCGAAUCACAUCUCUGCAUGUCUGGCAGACAUAUCAGUGUGGAUGUCGGAUCACCACCUGAAGCUGAACCUCGGCAAGACGCAGCUGCUCUUCCUCCUGGGGAAGGACUGCCCGCUCCAUGAUCACGGUUGACAGUGCUGUUGUGUCCUCCUCCCAGAGUGCAAAGAACCCUGGCGUGACACUGGACAACACCCUGUCGUUCUCCGCUAACAUCAAAGCGGUGACCCGAUCCUGUAGGUUCAUGCUCUACAACAUUCGCAGAGUACGACCCUACCUUACACAGGAAGCGGCACAUGUCCUAAUCCAGGCACUUGUCAUUUCCCGUCUGGAUUACUGCAACUCGCUGUUGGCUGGGCUCCCUGCCCGUGCCAUUAAAACCCUACAACUCAUCCAGAACGCUGCAGCCCGUCUGGUGUUCAACCUUCCCAAGUUCCCUCAUGUCACCCCGCUCCUCUGCAAACUCCACUUGCUUCCAGUUGAAGCCCGCAUCUGCUACAAGACCAUGGUGCUUGCCUACGGAGCUGUGAGGGGAACGGCACCUCUGUACCUUCAGGCUCUGAUCAGUCCCUACACCCAAACGAGGGCAUUGCGUUCAUCCACCUCUGGCCUGCUGGCCCCCCUACCUCUGCGGAAGCACAGUUCCCGCUCAGCCCAGUCAAAACCGCUGCUCUGGCACCCCAAUGGUGGAACAAGCUCCCUCACGACUCCAGGACAGCGGAGUCACUCACCACCUUCCGGAGACACUUGAAACCCCACCUCAUUAAGGAAUACCCUGGAUAGGAUAAAAGUAAUCCUUCUACCCCCUCCCCAAAACAAAAAUAAUUAAUUAUAUAUAUAUAUAUAUAUAUUGUAAAGUGGUUGUCCCACUGGCUAUCAUAAGGUGAAUGCACCAAUUUGUAAGUCGCUCUGGAUAAGAGAGUCUGCUAAAUGACGAAAAUGUAAAUGUAAAUGGUAGUCAGGAAGAAGCUGGCCAAGACAGAGCAUCAGAAUCAGGUUUCUUUAGCCAUCAAGGUAUUGAUCUCGAAAUCGUAAAUGUAGAAAAUUUAAAUAACAGCAUGAAUUUGUACUUAUAUUUUAGACCAAGAGCUGCCAUCCCUGCUUGAUGAGCCCGUGGCUUCUGAGAUGCCCGCUGGAUACAUUAAUGGUAUAUUAUGCUAGCCUAUAUGUUAAAACAUGUUGCUUCUCUUGUAUUAUCAACAUCAAUUCCAAAUUGUAUGGCUGUCAGCAGCUAUAUGGUUAUCAAUACUACUAAUAUAUAUGAAGGGUGGAUAUUUUGAACGAGGUAUUUCACAUGGCCUUCAUACAUGUCCUGCCUGGUACUCAUGGCUUGUACAGUGGCUUGCGAAAGUAUUCACCCCCCUUGGCAUUUUUCCUAUUUUGUUGCCUUACAACCUGGAAUUAAAAUUGAUUUUGGGGGGGUUUGUAUCAUUUGAUUUACACAACAUGAUUUGAAAAAACAAGUAAUAAGAGAAAUAAACAGAACUUCAGCAUGCAUAACUAUUCCCCCCCCCCCUCCCAAGACAAGUCAAUACUUUGUAGAGCCACCUUUUGCAGCAAUUACAGCUGCAAGUCUCUUGGGGUACGUGUUUGCUUAUUUUUGUCUUUAAGCAAUGGCUUUUUUCUGGCCACUCUUCCGUAAAGCCCAGCUCUGUGGAGUGUACGGCUUAAAAUGGUCCUAUGGACAGAUGCUCCAAUCUCCAUUGUGGAGCUUUGCAGCUCCUACAGGGUUAUCUUUGGUCUCUUUGUUAAAUAAAAUAAAAUAAAUAAUUGGUCAUUUAGCAGACGCUCUUAUCCAGAGCGACUUACAGGAGCAAUUAGGGUUAAGUGCCUUGCUCAAGGGCACAUCGACAGAUUUUUCACCUAGUCGGCUCGGGGAUUAGAACCAGCGACCUUUCGGUUACUGGCACAACGCUCUUAACCACUAAGCUACCUUGCCUCUCUGAUUAAUGCCCUCCUUGCCUGGUCCGUGAGUAUUGGUGGGCAGCCCUCUCUUGGCAGGUUUGUUGUGGUGCCAUAUUCUUUCCAUUUUUUAAUAAUGGAUUUAAUGGUGCUCCGUGGGAUGUUCAUAGUUUCUGAUAUUUUUUUAUAACCCAACCCUGAUCUGUACUUCUCCACAACUUUGUCCCUGAUCUGUUUGGAGAGCUCCUUGGUCUUCAUGGUGCCGCUUGCUUAGUGGUGUUGCAGACUCUGGGGCCUUUCAGGACAGGUGUAUAUUUACUGAGAUCAUGUGACAGAUCAUGUGAUACUUAGAUUGCACACAGGUGGACUUUCUUUAACUAAAUAUGUGACUUCUGAAGGUAAUUGGUUGCACCAGAUAUUAUUUAGGGGCUUCAUAGCAAAGGGGGUGAAUACAUAUGCACGCACCACUUUUCCAUUAUUUAUUUUUUAGAAUUUUUUGAAUAUUUUUAUUUUUUUCAAUUCACCAAUUUGGACUAUUUUGUGUAUGUCCAUUACAUGAAAUCCAAAUAAAAAUCCAUUUAAAUUACAGGUUGAAAUGCAAUAAAAUAGGAAAAAUGCCAAGGGGGAUGAAUACUUUUGCAAAGCACUGUAUCGUCACGCCGCUUGCAGCUAAACUGUUGAGCAUUAUUUAGCAUAUCUUCAAGCAGUGGAGAUGAGGAUAAUGGUGAAACUGGAGAUGAUCCGUACAGAGUUCAAGACUGCUCUGAACCAAGUUAUGGAGGCCAUAGAGGCCCGGCAGCCAAAGGAAUCUGAGUCCUUGGGG